CUCUCAGGGCAUAGCUGCCUGGCCAGGAGAGGCCAGCAGGAAGCUUCCCUGCUCACUCCUGCAGCCAUGGGGAAGGUCAGACACUUGCUGCCCAAGGCUGACACUGAGGACUCCUCCGUCCUGAGGCACCUGCAGGGCAGGAGCAGCGGUUUAGCUCUGCGAGCAAGGUGCAGUACAGAGCACAGGACAGGCAGGGAGACACCGAUCUUGGGACAGCGUGGCCUGAAAGAUGAGCAUGCGAUGGGAUUGCUGUAAGAUCUCACUGCAGGCCCCUCCUCUGGACUAUUCCUUCCGAGGCAUCAGCUUCAUCCAAGACCUGCUGACAGAGGAGCCCCGGGCUGGCCUCAAGGUGAUCAGGCGCUCGGCCGGGGGGAAGCUGCUGACCCAGGCGGUGCGCCUGAAUAACAACACCAUCAAUGAGCUGACCGACUUCGCCUCCACCAUGGAGCAGCUGCUGGAGUACCCCGCCGAGCUCUCCUGGGUCGACCUCUCCUUCAACGACCUGCCUACUAUCGACCCAGUGCUGACUAUGUACCCCAACCUCCGGGCCCUCAACCUGCACGGGAACAGCAUCCAGAGCCUCUGUGAGGUGGACAAGCUGGCUGUCCUGCCGCGCCUGCGCACGCUGACCCUGCACGGAAACCCCAUCGAGGAGGAGAAAGGCUACAGGAGCUACGUGCUGUCCGUGCUGCCCCAGCUGAAGUCCUUCGAUUUCAGCGGCGUGACGAAGCAGGACCGCUCCACCGCCACCUUCUGGAGACGCAUGAACGUCAAACCCAAGAAGGUCAAGAAAAGGCGGGACGACUACUGAGGGGACGAGCUGAAGCAGCAGCUGCACCGUUCAGCGGGGCCCUGCCGGGGGGGGGGGGGGU